AUGGAAUCACAUUUUGGACCGCAAUAAUAUAUCUUUUGUUAAAAUCUAGUCAUUCAAUAGCAUGCAGAGCCGUGUAUGCCAAGUUUAGCCUAGGCUUACCAUACCGCCCGUUAUCAUACUUUUGCCCUUCCAUGACAAGCCCAGAAAAUAAGUCGACGUGCUGUGUCCGCCCUUCCGCCACCCAUUCACAAAUAGACCUCAGUAUUGCCCCAGACCAGAACAGCACCUUGUGAUGCAGCUUUAGCUCUCCUCCACUCAAGUUUGUCCAUCAUACCCCAGCGUUACAACCACACUCACCCGCUCGAUAACCACAAGCAUGCACCGAACACCACAACAUAAUCCAGUAACCACAUCAGCGAGAGCAACCCAGCCCGGAAGGACCCCAGAUACCAGCACCGUAUAUCCUUCCCCUUUCCUUUCCUUCCUUCCUUCCUUCCAUCAAAGUACGGGAGACUCGCGUCAUUCAAUCUCCAAUCGGCCAUCGUUGUCGUUGCCCAUUGUGGCUGUGCCACUGUGCCGGAGUCGGGUCCCGGCAGGAUACGAUUGUGAGGCGCAGAGGGGGGGGCUAUAUCCUAUCAUAGCAUGUAGUCUAGUGGGGGGGUGCGGAGGAUGACCCGAUGGCAACUCGUAAACCCCGCUUUACAGUACAGUAACUAGUCUAGUACGAUAACGGACCUUUGCGCACUCACCACCCCACCAACCACCAAAGAUUCUCAGACUCCGACAGAUUUUCUGCUGGAGACGAUGGACCAGUAGUCCGUUUUACAAUCCUUUUUUCACGAGCAUCAUACCGUGAAGGAAUAAAUGCAGAGGUG